UUAUUUGUUAUUUUUUUCUGAAAGGAUACUAAUCAUGGCAUCACGACAUAUUGUAAACUUGUCACGUAAUAUAAGAGAGCUUCGCUUACACUUAUGCCAGACAUCAGAAUCAAGUUUAGGCGCAAGAAAUUUUAUAGAGAAAUACUAUGUUGACAUUAAAAGAAAUAACCCAGAGCUUCCAAUUUUAAUUCGAGAAUGUAGUGGCAUUCAACCCAAAAUAACAGCAAGAUAUGCUUUUGGUGUUGAAAAAACUGUAUCCCUAGCUGACCAUCCUGCAGAAUAUGUUGUUGCCACUAUUGAAAAUUUAGCUAAAAAUGUGUAGAAAUACAUUUUUCAUGUACAUACAAUUAAAAUAUGUAGAGAUAUACAUUUUUUUCUUAUACAAUUAGAUUUACAAUCGAAAAA